CAUUGGAUAUUGGUGAUUCAAGUCUAGGCAUGGUGGUUAUCUGGGAAAGAAAUAGCUCCAUCAAAACUGUUGGCAAGAAAGAAUUAUUGGACAAGGUCACUAAGGCCCUGAGUCGCCCUAGCUGUAACCAUGGUAAAGUUUGCGUCCCUACGUCUUCUUCAGAAAACAAUGUAGACUUUACAUCAGAGGGAGGCAACAGUAGCGUGGGACUAGAAAAUAAUGAAGACAAUUCACUCCAAACAUCAGCUCAGUGUCAAAGCAGUAAGGAGGGAGAUUCAGAGAAAAAUGAGAAGGAAAAGAAAAUGUUUAAAAAAAGUACAACUGGAAAAAGGAGUCAUAGUGAAAUGCUCCAGAAAUCUAAAGAGAUAGAGCUGAGUAGUCCACAUGUUCUUCAUAAGAGGGUCAAAAUGACCUCACUUUUAAAAUCUGUUCCUUCUAUCCUAGUGAAAGUCAGCAGUGCUCAGGGUACCCAGAGUGAAGAGGAAAAAAUCUCAAAAACUGCUCCUUCUAAGCAAGUUAAUGUCAGUAAUUCUCAGAGUUCUCUAAAUAAAGAGGGAAAGACACUUCUAAAACCCGAGCAGACAAAAGACGGUUGUUCUCAGAGUUUUCCAAAUAGACAGGAAGAGCCACUUCCAAAUCCACCUCUUGAUGAAAAGAAAGACCGCAGUUCUGAGGAAAUCCAAAAUAAAGUGGGAGAUACAUGUACUCUCCCAAAACCAGCUCCUGUCCUAGUGAAAGGAAACUGUUCACAGGGCACCCCAAGUAAAGGGAAAGACACACUUCCAAAACCAGCUCCUGUCCAAGUGAAAGGCAGGAGUUCUGAGGGAAUCCAAAAUAAACUAAGAGAGACUCUAGCAGAAUCAGCUUCUUGUUCAGUAGAAGAUAACUGUUCACAGGGUCCCACAAGUGAAGAGAAAGACGCUCUCCCAAAACAAUAUCCUGCUAUCCAAGUGAAAGACGGCAGUUCUCACGGUUCUAUUCUAAGAACACAGGAAGAAACCUUGUCCUCUGUAAAAGAGGAUAAAAUAAUUUCUACAGAAGAACUGAAAGAUUCAAAAAAAGUAAACAAAUUUCCAAACAAAGGGAAAAAUAAAGUGAUUACAGAAACGGAGAUAGAGAAAGUGCUGGAGGAUUUUAGUUCUAAUCUUGGUGAAGAAUCACGUGAGACAUCCUAUGCAGCAAAAGGUGUGUAUUACCAUGUGACUUUAAAGAGCUACAGAAAUCCAAACCGAAAUAUGGAAGAAGAGCAUCCAAUCUCAUCCGGUGUAUUAGGACAACGAUAUUCCAGGCUGUUAAGUACUGCAAAGCUGAACGAAAUCG